CGAGCCCCGCCCCGUCCCUCCUCGUCCCUCCCAGAACAGAAGGCUCCACCCCGAGCGGAACGGGGCGGUUGGGCGGUGUGGAGUCGCCCCUUCGUACCAAGUGUGCUCCCAGAAACUCGCUAGCUAUGUCGGCUGCUCAGGUGGGGGGUGUUUUCCACAGAGCCCAGGACAGGACCCUGAACGCGUUUCUAGCAGAAAAGGAAAGGGAAUGGAAAGGCCCGUUCUACUUCAUCCAGGGUGCAGACCCACAGUUUGGGCUGAUGAAGGCCUGGUCCACCGGGGACUGUGACCAUGGUGGUGAUGAAUGGAGCCAGGAGAUCCGCCUCACGGAACAGGCUGUUCAGGCCAUCAACAAACUGAACCCCAAACCCAAAUUCUUUGUUCUGUGCGGUGACCUCAUCCAUGCCAUGCCAGGGACCCCCUGGCGCCAGGAGCAGACUGAGGACCUGCAGCGGGUGCUCAGGGACCUUGACAGGGAAAUCCCGCUGGUCCUUGUCAGUGGCAACCAUGACCUGGGCAAUGUCCCCACAGCAGAGACCAUCGAGGAGUUCUCCCGGACGUGGGGAGACGACUACUUCAGCUUCUGGGUCGGGGGUGUCUUGUUCCUGGUGCUCAACUCCCAAUUCUGGUACAAUGCUUCCCAGUGCCCGGCUCUGAAGCAGGCCCAGGACCACUGGCUGGACCAGCAGCUGAGCAUCGCAGGACAACGGAAGUGCCGGCAUGCCAUCAUCUUCCAGCAUAUCCCGCUGUUCGUGCACAGCAUCGAUGAGGAGGACGGCUACUUCAACCUCACCAAGGCUGUGCGCAAGGAACUAGCAGACAAGUUCACUGGUGCAGGUGUCAGAGCUGUGUUCUCAGGCCACUACCAUAGGAACGCCGGGGGCACCUACCAAAACCUGGACAUGGUGGUGUCUUCUGCCAUUGGAUGCCAGUUGGGCAAAGACACCCAUGGGCUCCGAGUCGUGGUUGUCACUGCUGAGAAAAUCAUUCAUCGGUACUACAGUCUAGAUGAGCUAAGCAAGAAGGGAAUAGAAGAUGAUCUAAUGGAGCUAAUGAAGAAGGAAUGAUUGCCCUUUGUGAUCUGUUCACUUUUCACUUCCAGUUUUUUAUUUUGCCAGAAACAGCAGCAGCACACAACCCUUUGUUGAAAUGUAAGAGUAGACUGGGCAGUUUUGUGAAUUUACAUCCUUUUGCAUAAAUCAUAUCCUAAAUUAUAUUCACAAUAGAACUGCCACACAGAAAGCCUGGAAUAAUUUUCUAAUUAUUACAAUAUUAGACUAUCUCUGCAUGAAUGUUUGCGAAAAUUCUAAUGGUGCAUUUCUCAACUCAGCUCUCAAAUUACAUUCUUUCUGGCAGCAUAUGAUCAAUGUCUACCUAUCGACCUCAGUCCCAGCUUGAUAUCCAAGUGUGAUCUUUGAUAAUUCAUUGAACAAACUGCAUCUGAUUAUAUUAAAUUGUGGUCAUGACUCCUAAAAUGUUAACAAAACAAAGGUCAUCUCCUUUCCUUUUUACCAAAACAAAUAGCUGUCUCUCGAUCUUACCAGAGCCAUGUAGACUUACUUUAACAAAGAUCCAAGUAGCUACCAUUUGCUGUUAAAUUCUGAAGUGUCAGUUAUUGCUCAUACUGGGAACAGAAUACACUUGAUACAGCUCAGAAUUUGAAUUUGCCUUCCUGACAACCACAAAAGUUACCUUUGCACAAAAAUUGUCUGUUUAUGAAAAUCUCACCCAGAAGACUGGAAUCAGGCCGUGAGACAUGGGGUGGAAAGUCACUCUGCAGCCCAGUUUGUUCAUCCCAUUCUUCUGGUCCUAGGAUCCGUCAACAGCCGGGAUUCUUGUGGGGUCAGAAUGCCCUUUUGUUUACCAGCCUCAAAACGGCACCAGCUUCAACAAAAAAAGUGGGAAUUGAUGCAGACUUCUCAACAAAAACAAAGCAGAUUCUGGUGGGACCAAAACAGGCUUUCAGGCACACGAACCUGACACCAAAAUGCAUGAGUACAGUAUCCCUUGGGAUACUGUUAUUUAGAGCUGGCAUUGUUUUUAUAUAAUAUGCUUUGCUGCAUCUCUCAGCAGCUCCUGGCUCUGGUGUGCUUUUAUCCAUGUAAUUUGUUUGCAUGCUUUCUUGUUUGUUUCUUUUGUGAGGAUUGAACCCAAGGAAUCAUAACCUAUAUCCCCAGCCCUUUUAUUUGACAAGGUCUUACUAGUUACCCAGGAUGUCCUUGGGCUUGCAAUUCUCCCACCUCAUCCUCCCACGUUGCUGGGAUUACAGACUGCACCACCAUACCAGCCAAUUCAUGUAGUCUUUUCACAGAUCAUCCUGGUGAAUGAGUUACCAGGUACUCCAAAUUCUGGCAGAAAAAUUUUGCAUAUAAUUAUUUUGCAUAUUAUUAUGUAAUAAUAUUCACUAAGCCUAAACCAACUUUUAAAAACUGACUGGUUACAAAUGAACUGCAGAGUCCAUUAAGUUAAAAGGCUUUCUUGUUAAAGAGUUUUAGUCAAUGUAGCAAAACCAUGGGAAAUUAAAUAGAAAGAUAAUUGGAUAUGUAAAUUCAUAAGGAACAAAAGACAAGGAGUUAAUUAUACUACAGAUUGGUGACACACCAUUGUUCAUUAUAUGCAAAAUAAAUUUAAAAAUUUUCAAACUAGAAUGCCUUUUUGGUGCUUUGCUGCAAUCUUGUUUGGUGUUCAUUUUUCUUUACAACAGAUUUGGAUAUAAGAGGUCAAAAGGGCAUAACUAAUGAGCCACUGGAGAUGUGGAAGGUUGUGACCCUGGAACCAUGAAGACACGGGCUCUGACUCCACAGUGGGGAACUCUCAAGAGGGAAAUGGGCAGAGUUUAAUCACAGAGGACUGAAGAAGGUGCUCUCUUUGUCAUGUUCAGUGUACAAAAUUGGGCAAGAAUAUGGGGAUUAUUAAAAGUAAUGGGAAUGAAACUAAGUAAAUCCUUUUCUCACAAAAUCCUAGUAAGUCAAAAAUUUAUUUGAAAUACCCCAAAAAUAUGCUAAGAAAAAGGAAUCAGGAAAUUCCCACAAUUUUUAAAGUAACAAAACAGCUGUGAGAGGUUCAAAACAACAGUUAGAGAUUCAGAAUAAAGUUGGAAAAUUAUUCUAAGGACCAGGAAAUAGGUUCAUGUAUCAUUCAGAUAAAAGAUCAGUAUUAGUGCAUUUACUUAUGAUCCAAAAAAAAAUCAAACAUAAGUGCCUUAAUACUGUGAAAAACAAUAAAAGACGUCAUGAGUACA